ACUUCUCUGUUUCCUGCUGGGAUUUUGGAGAGGUUUUUGAAAGCACCAAAAAGAAUGGAAUUUGAGAAGAGGAAAGCUGCGGCCAUGGCGUCACUGGGCUCAACUGAGACCGACAAAUCACCUAAGGGAAGCUUGGAUACCCCAAUUAUACCUCUUAUCAACACUCUCAACAACCAUCCAUCUUACUUCACCACAAGUUCCUGCUCUGGUCGUAUUUCAAUUCUCUCUCAACCAGUCUGUAGCACCUCUGCCGCCGCCCCGAAGCCGAGGAAGAAAGCUCUAGGUGGUUCUUGGCUGUUUGUUAGUCACGAGUUUGCCGAUCCCAACUCAGUAAUCGACCUCCUCUUCCGUUCUCCAUCAACUAAUGGGGAGUUAUCUGAGCUCGUGUUCAGGUUCGAACCUCUCAUCAUAGCAAUUGAAUGCAAGGACCUUGGAUCGGCUCAGGAUUUGGUUUCCACUGCUAUAUCUAGUGGGUUCAGAGAAUCAGGCAUUACCAGUGCUAGCAAGCGUGUGAUAAUUGCAAUUCGCUGUUCAAUUCGAAUGGAGGUGCCUUUGGGAACUACCGAAAAGAUUAUGGUCUCACCCGAGUACGUCCGGUACCUUGUUGAUGUAGCAAAUGAGAAGAUGGUGGCCAAUAAGAAGAGAACUGAUGGGUUUCUGAAGGCAUUGCAAAGUCGUGUUGCUGCGGUUACUAAUGUUUCGCAGACGUGUCAAGGAAUAUCAUUGAGGGAGGCAAUGGAGGAGGCAAAUGAUUUGCUCGAUAGCAAGGAACAUAGUUGUGCUGAUGAGGAAGAUUGUGGAGCUUUAGAAGGCGGGAAUAGGAAUGCCAAUUCUGGAUCAUCAGAAGCAUGCAAUUAUAGUUUAUCUGUUGAACAGAUGGAAAAGAUAAAUAAAUCUAUUGGCUUUCUCAGGUGGGAGCGACUUGGGGAUAUUGUGGUUCUUCCAGUCACAUCUUUUAAGGAUCCUACAUGGGACACUAUUGGGGAGGAGCUGUGGCCUUUGGUUGCCAAAUCACUUGGUACUUGUCGUCUUGCUCGCCAAGGAAGAGUUGCUUCGACUGGUACAAGGGAUAGUAACUUAGAGAUUCUAGUGGGAGAUAAUGGUUGGGUUGACCAUCGAGAAAAUGGAAUAACUUAUUCUUUCGAUGCCACUAAGUGCAUGUUUUCCUGGGGAAAUCUUUCUGAGAAGCUACGGAUGGCCCAUCUGGACUGUAAAGAUGAGACCGUUGUGGAUUUAUUUGCCGGAAUUGGAUAUUUUGUAUUGCCAUUUCUUGUCGGGGCUAAAGCAAAGCUGGUCUAUGCUUGUGAGUGGAAUCCUCACGCUAUUGAGGCACUUAAACGUAAUUUACAAGCUAAUUGCGUGAGCAAUCGUUGUAUUGUUCUUGAAGGAGAUAACCGGGAGACAGCACCCAAGGGAGUAGCGGAUCGGGUUUGUCUUGGUCUCCUUCCAACUAGUGAGGGUAGCUGGGUGACGGCUGUAAGAGCAUUGAGAAUUGAAGGCGGCACCCUACAUGUGCAUGGUAAUGUGAAGGACUCGGAAGAAGAACUGUGGACUCAACACCUCCGGCACUCAAUAACUGAAAUUGCUAAAUCUGAAGGUCAUUGUUGGGAUGUCUCGGUAGAACACAUCGAAAGAGUAAAAUGGUAUGCCCCACACAUUCGCCAUCUUGUUGUGGAUGUUCGAUGCAAAAGGAUUCAACAGAACAGCUGAGGAAUCUACAUCCUGCAUGAAUCUAGAUGAGUUAUGGUGGUCGUAAUGGUAUGGUCAAAACCCCGACGCUGCAUAGGUCGUGAUCGCCUUGAUAUGAUUUUGGAAGGGUUAAGAUCAAGAGCAACGAGUUCAUGCAGCUGACAACUGUUCUCUUCCGCUCAAUGUUGGAGUUUUGGAAUCGGUACCAUUUUAGUAACAAUGUCUUGUUAAAAAUAGGAUAGAUUGUAGAAUUAUUCAUAAACCGAUGCCUUCUAUUGAACAUACUCUUCAAUAGAAAUAGGAUUAUUGUUUUAUGUUUUCUAUUGAACAUACUCUUCAGAAUGCAUCAAAUAGUUGAUCGGAUAAGGCAGAUCUUGUUCUUUAGAUCGUAUU